AUGGGGAAGCAUUUGAAAACCGAGAAUUCGAGUCCAAGACAUGGUAAAUAUGAUCACAAAUCAGGCUGGUUAGCUGGAAUGCUUCAUGUGCUUGACUUUCACCAUUGGAGAACCAAGAACCGUCCAAUUUGUUGGAAGACACCAAGAACCCAUUCCUUGGUGCGUGAAACCGAUGAACAAGAACCGUUUCUUGAAGAUUCAAAGAUGUUUAGUAGUGUUAUCGCAGAGGACAAGCCAACGAGACAAGAAACAAAGGUGAAGAAGAUGAUGACGACUAAGCAAGUAACAGAGUAUGUUGAUUUUCUUGAAACCUUGAGAAAAGAAGAUGUUUUUGUCAAGAUUCUGAAACAUCCGAAUUCGGAGUUUCCGAAGCAAGUGCAGAUCAAGAAGUCUAAUCGUAGAGUUUUGCCUAAGUCAGGCUCGUUUCCUCUCUCGCGUUCUUCAAGUCCUGCGAGGAUCGAACACAAGCAGAAAGAGAAUUGGUAUGCUCCAAAGCAGAACGGUUCUGUUUUGACUUUGAAUGUUCCAAGAGACACUUCUUCUUCUCAAGAACACAAACCUUCUCAUGGCUCACCUGAUGAUCAUGGAUUUAAUCACGCGUUGAUAAAUGGAUUUAGAGAAAUCAAGAAGUUGCUCAAGAAGGCACUUAAAGAUCGAAAGCACGCGAAGCAGCAGAAGAAGUAUUCGGUUGUGUCGAAAGAUGAUUCUUUGGGGAGAUAUUCUCAUCUCUUGGAGCAUAGUUUUAGAAGAGAAGGCGGUGAAUUGCGUUCUAAGAGCUUAAAACCUUCAUAUGAAGAGAAAAAGAGCGAUUCGAGAGAUUAUAACAAUAAACCGCAAUUCUUCAGACGGAUUUCGUCCUUGUCAAGCCUUGAAGUUCUUGGUUCAUUUCUGACCGAACAGCCCCGAGACAGUUCUACUAGGAAAUCUGUAGAUCAAGAUACUGAGUUUGGAUCCAAGAAAUCUUCAUUGAUGUCCGAAACUCCGGUAAGAACAGAGCACGAAGAAGGAAAAGAUGAGAAGCAAGAGGAGAGAAGCCAUGAAGAUCACUUAGACAUACCAAACCAAGAUCCUGGUUCAGCUCCGUAUAGUGAUUCUUCGGACGAUACUGCACAAAAGACAGAGACUUUACUCUCACAAGGUUUAGGUCUAACUUGUUUAGAGAUUUCCAACCAUGAAGAUGCCUACUUCUGUUACGUGAAAAAGGUUCUAGAGAUUUCAGGCUUCCUCGAAAACGAACCCAACGGAGAAAAAUGGCACUCGGAGGAACAACCACUCAAUCCAUCACUGCUCUACGAACUCGACAUUCAAGAAGAAGAAGUGAACAAAGAGCUUCUCUUUGAUUUGGUUAACGAGGCGAUCACCGAGACUCACAAUCAAUCAGAAAUCUAUUUCCCUAAAACAUUUAGUUUUGCAUAUCCAAAUGGGAAACGUUUUCUUGAUGAGGUUUGGGAAAGAGUCGAAUGGAGCCUCUCUGGUUUAGGAGCUGAGAUUAGAGAUCGUUCAUUGGAUGAUAUUGUGGGAAGAGAUCUUCUUGCUAAGCGUGAUGGAUGGAUGAGUUUACGAGCUGAAUCUGAAUGGCUAACUCUUGAGCUUGAAGAUCUGAUUUUUGAUGAUGUUUUAGAAGAAAUGCUUUGUGUUUAUUCGUAG